AGUUCAUCUUUCCGUGUUCUUACACACAGUUGUAAUGUUUAGAAGCUGAAAAGUGCAAGUUGUAGUUUCGAUGUGUAGUUGUAUUUUUUGCACUAGAUCUAAGUUAGCCUUUAAUUUUUACGUGUCGUCUCUUAUAUUAUUAUAAUCGAGUUACGGUGACUGGAAAUCCGCAACAUUGUUUGCCUUUGACUGUUUGAUGUUGCAUUCACAUAUUUUUGAGGUUUCGCACGUCAUAUAUAGCAUGAUAGAGUGUUUAUGAAAAAUAUCAAUAAUGUAAUCGGUGGUCAGUUUGACCACGAACUACAAUAAAUUAAUCUUUGUCUUUUGUUCAAACCAGAGACAGGAUUUUUUUUUAAUAAAAGUAUUAAGAAUUUUCUAUCUAUAAAAUCAUGAACACAUGUAGGUGAAAUGUUCAAAUUGGUGAUAUGGAAGUGCAAGUUUCAUAGAAAUAUGAUUGAUAGACAUGUAACAGGAGAGAGAGGGAAAAUGUAGCAGCCAGACCGAGGUUCGAACCUGGGAUUCUUCAAACUCUACUGUAUAGACAGCCAUUCUACCAACAGAGCUACCUGGUUGCCUAUGAUCGACCCAGUCCAAUUCUGCUACAUUCUUCCCUCUUUUUCAAGUCUUCAGUGCCGAAGACUACAAGUUCCGAUAUCCUUGUGCUUAGCAUAUACUCCCAAUGCUUUAAACAAGGGUUGGCAAUGCAAGCUCCUCAAUUUUAUACUUAGCAGCCAGACUGGGGUUUGAACCCAGGACCCUCCGGGCCUCCAAACUCUAGAGGGACACUCUGCGAUCUGAGCUACCUGCAUCAUGGUCACCAAUGAUCGACCCAGCUCCAGUUCUGCUAGAAAUCAUCAGUCAUGUUGCGUUUGAGAUGGAGGAGAGAAUGCAUUCUGAUUAUUUUGGUGAUAUUGACCUUCGUAGAAGCCAAAUCACCGAGGCCACACAUAGUAGUUAUUGUAGCAGAUGAUCUGGGAUGGAAUGACAUCAGUUUUCACGGUUCCAACCAGAUCCCUACUCCACACAUAGACAGCCUGGCAUACAGUGGAAUCAUUCUUAAUAACUACUAUGUAUCGCCAAUAUGUACCCCAACACGAGGAGCCCUGAUGUCUGGUCGCCACCCGAUCCAUACAGGGCUCCAGGAAGGUGUUAUAAUGGGAGCCCAGCCCUAUGGCCUCCCCCUUAACUUUACCAUCAUGCCUCAGUGGCUAAGGAAACUAGGUUACCGCACACACAUGGUAGGAAAGUGGCAUCUUGGAUUUUUCAAGAGUGAAUACACACCCACUCGCCGUGGAUUCGAGUCUUACUCGGGAUACUACCAAGGGUGUGGAGAUUAUUAUGACCAUACCUAUGAGGCUAACGAGGAUUAUUUUGGUUAUGAUUUUAGACAAAAUGCAAGUCUUGACUACUCAGCCAUAGGCCAGUACUCUACCACUCUGUUUACCAACCGGGCUGUAGACAUCAUUGACCAGCAUGACACAGAGGAGCCUCUGUUCCUGUACUUGCCAUACCAGGCUGUCCAUAGUGGCAAUUUGCCCAGUGGCAAUCCUCUACAAGCACCAUCAUCCUACAUCAACAGACACCCUCACAUACAUAACAAACAGCGUAAAGACUUUGCUGGGAUGGUGGCAGCAUUAGAUGAUGGUGUUGGUGCUGUUGUGGAUGCAUUAAAAAAGAGAGGUCUGUAUGAAAACUCCAUCUUGAUGUUCACAACAGAUAAUGGUGGACCUGCCAAUGGCUUUGAUGGCAAUGCAGCAAGCAACUUCCCUCUACGGGGAGUAAAGGCCACCCUAUGGGAAGGAGGAGUGAGAGGUGUAGGCUUUGUUCACAGUCCACUUCUCCAAAAGUCUGGAUAUGUUUCCCAACAGCUAAUGCAUGUAUGUGAUUGGCUGCCAACAUUUUAUUCGGCUGCAGGGGGCAAUCCAACUGACCUUGGUGAAUUGGAUGGCUACAACAUGUGGACCAUGCUUUCGUCAAAUAGUAAACCAGUCAGGAAAGAGCUAUUACAUAAUAUUUCUCCAGCUAAAAAGAGUGGGGCUGUACGCGUGGGCGACUACAAACUCUUAGUGGGAGGUGUUAACAUGCAUUGGGAUGGCUGGUAUCCACCAUACCAAGUCACUGAGGACAGCUCAAGGCUCUACUACGACAACCCGGCUGCAAAAAAUGCACCAUUUAAGGAGCUGAGAGAAACAUCAAAUAACACACUCACAGGUGUUAGGAAACAAAUGACCUUAAACUCAGCUGUAAAGGUCAACUGUGGACCAAAGCCAGCUAAUGCCAGCACAAACUGUGAUCCUCGCCAAAAUGCCUGUCUGUAUCAUAUUCCUUCUGAUCCAUGUGAAUAUAAUAAUAUAGCUUUUUCAAAUCCAAACAUUGUCCGCUCUCUUACUGACAGGCUAGAUUACUAUUUAUCAACAAUGGUUCCACCUGCAAAUCAACCAGAGGAUCCAAAUGGCAACCCGCUAUUUAAUAACGGUGCUUGGAUCUCUUGGCUGGAUUAGUUUUUUGGAAUUUUUUUUUUCUCUUAGAUUUACAUACAACUUAGUUAUUUUGUAGUUAUUUGAUUUGGUUGGGAUGAUAUGAUUAUUAUUACAGAUGUAUGAUAUCAUGUACAUGGCAUUUUUGGUGAUGAAGACACAAAAGUGCCAAUCCUUUUAUAAAUGCUCAAAGUGAAUCUCAAGAUUAAUAAUUGCUGGGAAUACCAAUUGGACAUUUAUUGUUUUGCUCAGAUAGCUCAUUUUCUUCUAAAUUCACAAUUGAAAUGUCAUUUGUAUCAUUAACUACUUGAAGGUAUAUUAUUGUGAAGUAAACCAGUAUUCAGGCGACACAAGAGAGAUGACAUUCACCCUGCUGUGAGAAAGAUGUACAUGUCCUGAUCCAUCUUAUAGGAUCAAAAGGCCAGUCAGCCUGCUGGAAUGGAUGUGCUGCACUUAAGCUAGAUGUCCUCUUUUUGUACCAUGUUGAAAUGUGGAAGUGAGCGAUGAUGACUAUGUGUACACAAGCGUAUAUAAAAUGUUUGUCAUACUAGUUCUAUUGUGCUUGUUAUAUAAAAUUAUUUGCCUAUGUGAAGAGAUUUUUAAUGUUCCCUGUAAAACUUAGUUCAUACCUAACAUGAGUGAUUACAUAUAUAUAUCAGCAAAAUGGUAAAUUCCAUAGAGAUAUCUUUAUAACAUGUUACAUAAAAUGUUGUGAAUGUUCAGUUAAUGUGGUGUGUAUAUGAUUAUACUGUUGAAACUGUAGCUCAUACAUGUUCCCUGAAGACCAGGACCAGACAUUACUGAUUUAAUCAGCACCUAUUAUAUUUUUUUUGUGAUGGGGAGAAUCAAUAUUUUUUCAUUCACUGAAUUCUUUUUAUUAAGAUAAUUGCCUGUAACAAAAAUUCUAGCAAGUACAUGUAAGUAAACCACAAGAGUAUUGUGUUACACACAGAGACUUGGCAAACGUUAUGGUACAUGUACAAAUGUAUGUACGUUAUGUUGUAUACCUUCAAAUUAGCCAUAAGUUCGGGGAGGACUUGCUUGUUAACCAUUUCAACUUACCGUUUCAAAAUUGAUGAUUCAGCAAAAGUGAAGAAGGGGGUUUAUUUUUAUCGUCAGGGACUUAUUGGGGCAGAGUUUUUUUGUUUUUGUUUUGCAUGUCAUGCCCCUGUGGUUGUUACACAUAUGAUAUAUAGAUUUAAUUAAUUAGAUUUCAUUUUACAAAGGUAAUGUAGAAUUAGAUUUCUUUUUACAAAGGGAUUAGGAUUUUUUUUAACAUGUAAACCCUGGGAUGCUGGAGUGAUGUUGAGUAGCAUAGUUACAUUUUUGGGAAAUAUCAAUGGUUAAUGUAAUUGUAAAUUCGUUUAUUGGUUAAUAUGUUUUUGUCUUGGAAUAUAGUGUUUUAAGGAAGCAGACCCUACAUCUCAGUUUUGAAUGGAUAUUAUUCAGAUAAUUUUUUAUGUUAGCUAAUAUAAAAUACUUAAAUUAAUUCAUCAGUGGACCAUGGUAUGGUGAACCUUCGCUCGAUAUGAUAUGAAACCAGAUAUAGACGUAUUGAUCUGUUAUUUUCUUUUCUUUAUAAUAUAUUUUACUAAUAAUACUUGAUAUACAUAUCUGCUGCUUUGAUUGUUACUAAAAGUGCAAUAUACGAAGUGUACAAAGAAAACACUUUAUAACAUGAAAUACAUUAUCAAUGAAUAUAUUUUUUAUCAACAUGUUUUCAUACAAUAUUAUACAGUUGUAUCGGAGAUACUAAACAUUAAGCUAUUGAUUUAUUUUGUCUCAUUUGAUUUUUGUGUUUUUCUGUGCCAUUUGAUACACCAAGCUCUGAAUCUUUAAUACGUUCCUGAUGUCUAUUGUUGAGAUGAAAUGAUAGUAGAAUACUGUACAUUUACUCAAAGUUAUAGAUUUCAGUACAUCAUUGUAAUGUUAUACAUGUUUGUUAAAUCUGUAAUAUAUGCCUAAAAAUAUAUUAUAUUUAUCAAUCUACGGUAUUUGUCUACUUAAGAACUUUUAUUGGAAAUGUAUUGAAAUAAAAAUAGUCUUGAAGAA